AUGGACAGUUGCGUUCUUCCAACAAGACACGAGGGAAUAUUCAUUGUUCAAACCACGGAUUUCUUCUACCCUCUUGUAGAUGAUCCUUAUAUGCAAGGGAAGAUCGCCUGUGCCAACGUUCUAAGUGAUCUGUACGCCAUGGGGGUUACCAAUUGUGAUAACAUGCUUAUGCUUCUUGGCGUUAGUAAUCAGAUGACUCUAAAGGAACGCGAAGUCGUGACACCGCUUGUCAUCAAGGGAUUCAAUGACUUAGCUUUGGAAGCGGGCACUACAGUUAAUGGUGGACAAACUGUGCUCAAUCCUUGGUUUAUUGUUGGUGGAGUUGCUUCAAGUGUGGUGUCCAACAGCGAGUUUAUUAUGUGA